GGAUACCGGGAAAAAAUCUCGAAAACGAAAGUACCUUCAAUUUCAACCAACUCUAUUCUAUGUUGCUGCUAGCUGAUCCACGUUUCAGUUUCAGGCAUGCUGUCUUGAUCUACUAAUGUUAAAAGCGUUCCGAAGUAUGUCGACCUCCAGAUGUUUUCUGGUUUGUUUGCAGAAAAGUCAUGAAGACGUUUUGCUGCCAGACGGAGUGCCAGUAUCAAUCGGCCGAACCCCGGUUACCAAAAUAACAGAUCCACGCUGUUCGCGUCAGCAAGUUGAACUGACAGCAGACUGUGCCAAGAGGAAAGUAAAAGUGAAACAGCUGGGAGCUAAUUUGUCUGCUGUAGAUGGUAAUCCCAUCGGCAAAGAUAAAGAAAUUGUAAUAGGGUCUCGAUCUACAUUGUUCAUUUUAUCAGGUCAGUAUCCACACAAAAUUACUUUCAAGUCCGACUCUUUUUCCAAGGAAAACAAACCUAAGGAAACGUCUGAAGCAGAGACAAGUGAUCCUGGUAAAGUCAAUGAGAAAGAUUGUGACAGAAAAGAAGAUUCGAAGAAAAAUAAAUCGGACAGUAAAAAGGAAAACAAAAGUGAUGCGGAGAAAAAGAGCACUGACAACGGAGUUGUUGAUGAACGUGAUAAGAAAUUGUCUAAGAAACGACAGAGUGUUGAUGCUGGAACUGAGCCUCAGUUGAAAAAACAAAGAACAAAUGAGGACAGUUCUCAUUCUGUAAAGAAAUCAAAGAAAGAAGACCGUGAGAAGAAGAAAGCAGAUAGUAAUGGAGAUGAACAUCGGCCUAAGAAACAAAAAAGUGAUAUGGAAAGCUCUGGCUCCGUCAAGAAAUCAAAGAAAGAGGACAAUGAUGAAACAAAGAUUGAUAGUGAUGAUGAAGAGCAUGUUCAAGAUGUUUCUGAUAGAUUACAACAAAUGAAGCAAAGUGUAAAGGAAAAGAAGACAGCUCAUUCCUCUGCUAGCAGCAAAGACUCAAAACCUAAAACAUCAAGUAGAAGUAAAAGUUCUGAUUCACAAAGUUCAACAUGUGGUGACAAAAGAUCCGACAACAGUUUUUUGAAGCCCCAAACACCUGUGUCUGAGAGCAAAUGGUCAUCACAUGAGCAUCUAUAUGUCUACACAUCUAAAGGAGUCGUUCAUCAAAGCAAGAUUGCAGGAUUUGACAUUGAUGGUACAAUCAUUAUUACCAAGUCUGGAAGGACCUUCCCUACUGAUUCAAGUGAUUGGCAAGUUGCCUAUGGUGAUACUUUCAGGAAGCUGAAGUCUCUGCAUGCUGAUGGUCACAAGAUCGUGUUUUUCACCAAUCAGCUUGGAGUGGCCAAGGGUAAAACUAAGAUUGAAGAUUUGAAGACAAAGAUAGAAAAUAUAAUCUCCAAACUUCAAGUGCCAGUGCAAGCCUUUGUCGCUACGCAUGAGGGAAAGUACAGAAAGCCAUGCGAUGGAAUGUGGAAAAAGCUGAAACAUGAGUACAAUGGUGGUGUCAACUUAGACCUUUCAUCUAGUCUCUAUGUUGGAGACGCGGCUGGCAGACCAAAGGAUUGGGCUCCGAAGAAAAAGAAAGAUUUCUCCCUCAGCGAUCGCCUUUUUGCAAUCAACGUUGGCCUGAAGUUCCACACCCCAGAAGAAUUUUUCCUUGGCCAGAAGGAAGCGCCAUACACAAUGCCUGUCUUUGACCCGAGAAAGCUCAGAUCUGAUGUAGAGGCCGUACCCCAAGGAUGUGAUCUUGACUCUAAGAGUAAAGAGAUAAUCCUUCUUGUGGGAUUCCCUGCAAGUGGCAAGUCUCAUUUUGCAUCACAUAUUCUCAAACCUAAGGGUUAUGAAUGUGUGAAUAGGGACACUUUGGGUACUUGGCAAAAGUGUGUGAAGAAGGCAAAGGAGUCUCUUGUGCACAGCAAGGUUGUCGUUGAGAACACAAAUCUGACAAAGGAAGAAAGAGCCAGAUACGUAGAGCUUGCCAAAGAUGCACAUGUUCCAUGUCGAUGUUUCUUGUUUACCACAACCAUAGAACACUGUCGUCACAAUGAAAGGUUUAGACAGCUCAUUGACAAGUCUCAUGCCAAGAUUAAUGAGAUGAUCUUCCACCAAAUAAAGAACAAGUACCAAGAACCAAGUAUGAAUGAAGGUUUCUCCAAGAUUGUCAAUAUCAACUUUGUCCCCAAGUUUUCUUCGACGUCUCUGGAAGCACAGUACAAGAAAUUUUUAUUAGAGAAAUAACCAUACUAUUUACUCGUUUACUGCCAAAUUUCUCACAUCAUUUGAUAGUAAGAAUCAUGAGUCAGCCUUUUUUGUGGAUCAACUAAGACUUCACUCCUCAAUUUGAUGAGUAAUAAUUUCCCUGACGCUGUACAUUAUGUUAACCCUUUCAGCCCCAGCCAUUUUUGUGCACUCCCUAACCCCAGUCCCAGCCAAUACAGUAGUAUUUCAGAAAAA